CAGCUCUAAUUACUGAUGUAAUAUUUUCACAGACAACCGGCCACACGAAUCUAUUCUCUUCCUCAGGCAGCGAGCGAUGGCGCCACCGUCGCCAAUUCCGGCCGGCCCCUCAUCCCUUCACGUUCUUCAAUUUCUCAGCAACGCUCUCUCACAGCGCGGCCCUUCUGCUCUUCCCUACGCCGAGGAGACGAAGUGGCUCAUCCGCCAACAUCUCGUCUCCCUAAUCGAAGCCUACCCUUCCCUUCGCCCGCAAACUUCUUCCUUCACCCACAACGAUGGCCGCACCCUCAAUCUCCUCCAGGCCGAUGGAACCAUCCCCAUCGUCUUCGCCAAUGUCGUCUACAACAUCCCCUCAUCCAUCUGCCUCGUCGAUCGUUACCCCUUUUCCCCUCCCUCCGUCCUCCUCAAUCCCACCCCUGACAUGGUAGUCAAACCCAAUCAUCCCCACGUCGAUCGAUCUGGCUGCGUCCGCGUACCCUACCUUCAGAAUUGGGUGUACCCCUCCUCAAACCUCGUAGACCUCGUUCGCUCCCUCUCCCAGAUCUUCAGUAACGAUCCUCCUCUCUUCUCCCGUCAAAACCCUAAUCCUCCCCCAAAUCCCAUUCCAUUCCCUCCUCCAAAUCCCAUUCCUUCCCCUCCCCCCUCGGUUUCCCAUUUAUCCUCCCGAAUCCUCUCCUCGCUGGCCCCCUACGCCUCCCGGCUACAUGGCAGGCCGUCUGAGGACUCCACCGAGGUGUCCCGUCGAAACGCUAUCAACAAGAUCAUUGAGGCCGUGCAAGCUGACAUUGCCGGGCUCCAUAAGACGCGUGAGGUGGAGAUUGAGGGGAUGUUUGCUUCGCAAGCUGAGCUUCGGCGCCGGGAACAAGAGCUCGCCAGCGGCAUCCGCGAGAUGUCGGAGGAGAAGGAGAAGCUCGAGCAGCAGCUGCAACUUGUGCUUAUGAACACGGACUUGCUUGAGGAAUGGGUCAAGCAGAGCGAGGGGAAGUGGCCGCACGAGGUCAAUGUCGAUGAUGUGUUUCAGCCGGCCGAUGUGCCCUCGAAACAGCUUCUUGAGUGCGCUGCGGCGGACCUUGCAGUGGAGGACACCAUUUAUUCCUUAGAUAAGGCGAUGCAGGAGGGAUCGAUUCCAUCUGAUUUGUAUCUGAAGAAUGUGAGGGCGCUGUCCAGGGAGCAAUUCUUUCACCGGGCGUUGGAAACUAAGGUGCGAGCCGCACAGGUUCAGGCUCAGGUGACAAUCAUGGCAGCUAGAGGUUCUUCGCAUUUUGCUUCAUAGGAGGUUUACAAAACUGAAGUGUAAUAGGUGUAAAUAUCGAACUUUAGGUGUUAGAUAUGUAAAUACAUAAGAACUGUGUGCUACAUAUGUACAUUUCCCUUUUUUAGUU